AUGGAACCCAAUGGACUAUCGCUCGACAAAGCGGCGAUUCUGAGUGGCGCAUUGGAGAGCAUAUUAUACGGAUUUUCGCUGCUCUUGUUCGGCAUCACUUUAUGGGUGCUCUUUCGCAAGGACAAUCCUAAAUGGAUAUUUGCUUACAAACUCGGCGUUGCUUGUGCUUUUAUGGGUCUCAGUACUGCCUUCAGGAUCGUGGAUAUGAUACGUCACAUCGAAGGACUAGUUAAUCAGCACGAUACGUAUCCGGGCGGGCCGAAUGCUUUCUUCGCGGACAGGGGACAAUGGACUUUCGCGGUUAAGAAUAUCCUGUAUUUGUGCCAGACGCUCGUGGGGGACAGUGUCGUGAUCUUCCGAUGUUAUGUCGCAUGGCAGUCGUGGAAGGUCGUCGCGCUGCCCAUUGUCCUCUGGUUUGGGGUAGCGGUGGCGGGUACAGGGUGCAUACACACCCUUAUGACUGAUAACACCAGUAAAGACAACAUCUUUGCGCCUGAGACAGGGGCGUGGAUCACGCCGUUUAUCGUUUCAAGUCUUGUUUGCAAUCUGUUUAGCACAACUUUGCUGGUCUACCGUCUAUGGAGUAUCGGGCGCCAGACGACGCGAUUGACGCGACAGAACUCGCCGGGAUUUCGCCCUCACUCACGGACGGGUCACCUCGUGCGUAUCUUCGCGGAUGCGGGACUGCUGUACUCGUUUACUCUGCUCUGCCUCCUCGUGACUUUCGUCACGCAGAACAGGGGUAUGUAUGUUGUGCUCGCAAUAAUCAUGCCGAUCAUAUCUAUCACGUUCUACAUGGUUAUCAUACGCAUCGAAACACGCACAGAGAUCGUAACUGUGGGCCAGAGUAUAAGAGGCUUUUUUGGAAACGAAGUGGCGAGUCUGCCAGUGUCGGUUGGGCAUAGGCGGGGCGGUAGUGAGUGCGAGGAAGACCCUUGGAAACAGGAGUUUGCCGGGCGGCCGCCAUACUCGAUACAGAUGUUGCAGGAUUUCAGGAAGGAGUACUGCGCUGAGUCAAGAUAG